AUGUUUUUGCAACAAAAUCCUGAGAAAAAGGUUUCUUACGAGACUUACAGAACUAUAUUUGUAACUAAAUUCAACAUAAGUUUUGGCUAUCCACGAACGGAUACCUGCAGUGCCUGUGAUGAGCACAAGGCCAAGAAAAUAAGCAUCAAAAACGAUCCUUCACAAAAAGCGCUUUUAUCUCGUUUGGAAACGGAACAUAAACUGCAUCUUCUAAAAGCUGAAACGUUUUACAAAAGAAAGAGAGCAGCUCGUUUAAAUUCUCAAAAAAUUCCACAUGACGCUGAUAGACCUGUACAUGUUCCACCUAAAGUAUUACAGUCUAUCGAAUCAGAAUCUUCAACAGAUUCAGAAAUUGACAUUUUUGAGCCAUCUACCUCAGGAAUCCGUGAACCGCAGCUAUUUUCUCAUGUAGAACUGAACAACUUAGUCAGGGAUUUGGGACUUCCAAAAGACCUCUCUGAGGUUUUAGGAUCAAGGUUUAAAGAAAAAAAAUUACUUGCUCCAGCUCUAGACAAAAAUUGUGGUUGCUUUAAGUACUUGUGUGAAACAUUUCCGGGUCUCUCUGAAGCUAAAUUAAAAGAAGGCAUCUUUGUUGGGCCACAAAUAAGAAGGUUGAUGAAAACUAAUGAAAUUGAGAUGGUUAUGCAGGAAGACGAAAAAGAAGCAUGGACAGCUUUUAAACAAGUUAUAAAUAAGUUUCUAGGAAACUACAAAGACCCUGAAUUUGAAAGUAUUGUUGAAAACAUGUUAGACAAAUUUAAAAAGUUAGGCUGUAACAUGAGCUUAAAAAUUCAUUUUCUACAUGCUCAUCUUGACUAUUUUCCAGAUAAUCUUGGCGAUGUCAGUGAAGAGCAAGGGAAGCGCAUUCACCAGGACAUAAAAGAGAUGGAACGGCGAUAG